AUGGACCAUGUGCCUACACUGAUAGAUGAGGAACAAAAUGAGAUGCUGAUAGCAAAUCCUACUAGAGAAGAAGUUAAGAAGGCAGUUUAUGGUUUAAAUGGAGAUUCUGCAGGUGGACCUGAUGGUUUUACUGGAGCCUUCUUCCAUACUUGUUGGGAUAUAGUGGGAGAAGAUGUAUAUGCAAUGGUUCUGGCUUUCUUUAAUGGUCAGCAACUACCUAAAAGUAUCACUCACACUAACCUGGUAUUACUACCUAAUAAGAAGGAGGUUAGUACAUUUUCUGAUUUGAGGCCUAUAAGUUUGAGUAACUUUGUAAACAAGAUUUUCUCAAGGGUCAUUCAUGAAAGGUUGGUGGAACUGUUACCUAAUAUAAUAUCUGAAAAACAAGCAGGCUUUGUGAAAGGGAGAAGUAUAGUGGAAAAUGUUUUGUUAACUCAGGAAAUUAUUACAGAUAUUAGGCUGAGGACUAAGGCUGGACCUAAUGUGGAAAUAAUUGGUAUUCUGUUUUGA